AUGUUACGGGAUGUUCCCGUGCACGUGGAAAAAGUGCUGGUGAAUGAUACCGCCCAGAUCAAGUGCGACGUAUCGUCCAACCUGCCGAACGACCGGAUCCUGCUGGUCGUGUGGUACAAGGACAACGUGCCCAUCUACAGCUACGAUACGCGAGUCAAAAACAGCGAACUGCCGUCCCACUGGCGGGACGGUUCCAUCCUGGAGGAUCGUGCCAACUUUAAGCCACUGCGGGACAAAAGUCGAGCAGAGCUGGUCAUCAGUCCGGUGCUGAAAAAAGACGCCGGAGUGUUUCGUUGUAGAGUAGAUUUUUUACUAUCACCAACAAAAAAUAGCAACGUUAAUCUAGAAAUAGUGGUGCCUCCGGACGUACCGAAAAUCCACGACUCCAACGGAUUUGAGCUAACCGCCCUCGCUGGCCCGUAUGAAGAAGGUGGCAUCCUGGAACUUACCUGCAUCGUGACGGGAGGUACCCCGACGCCCAAGAUCGUCUGGUUUAGUAACGGAAAAAUUCUGCCCAGCACGAUGAUGGAAUACGGCCACGAGGCAACGCUCAGCAGUAAACUGGUGGUACGCAAUUUGUCCCGAGACCAUCAGCACAGUGUGUACAGCUGUCAGGCGAGCAACUUCUUCAAACGCAACGUCACCACCAACGUGACAAUCGAAUUACGAUUGCGGCCCCUGGUGGUGGAAAUCAUCAACGGUAGCACGCCUUUGUCGUCCGACCGUCGAUACACUGUCCAGUGUCAGUCCAGCGGGUCCAGACCACCGGCCAAAAUUACCUGGUGGAAAGAUGGAGAGCAGCUAACUGCGACAAACCAAACGACUUCCGACGACGGUAAUAGUACCCUGUCGUCACUGAGCUUCACACCGACACGCGACGAUCACGGGAAGGCUCUCAUCUGUCGGGCCACCAAUGAACUCGUCAAACGAGGGACAAAAGAGGCCUCCACAAAGCUGAACGUGUUCUAUCUGCCCACGUUGAAGCUGGAACUGGGGACGAAUAUGAACCCGGAAGACAUCGAGGAAGGAGAUGACGUGUACUUUGAAUGUAAAGUGAAUGCAAAUCCGUCUGCAUACAAAGUGGUGUGGAAGCAUAAUGACCAAGUGGUGCAGCACAACUCCAAGACCGGUGUGAUAAUGAGCAGCACAGCACUGGCGCUGCAAGCCGUCACCAGACACCAGGCCGGCAACUACACCUGUAUUGCGUCCAACGUCGAAGGUGACGGCGAAAGUAACACCGUGGAUCUGAAAGUUAUGUACAAACCCAUCUGCCUGCCGGACCAGAAGAAAAUCUACGGCGUGGCACGUAACGAGGCAGCGGAAAUCCUCUGCCAUGUCGACGCCUACCCGCCUCCGGAAUCAUUCAAAUGGUCCUUCAACAAUACGGCAGAAACGAUCGACAUGCCACAGAGCGGAUACCGCGUGCACACCGAGCAGGCCUCCUCACUCACUUACACACCGGUGAAGGAGCUGGACUACGGUACCAUCAUGUGCUGGGCGGACAACGCCGUCGGACAGCAGCGGGAACCGUGCGUAUUCCAUCUGAUUGCCGCCGGGAAGCCGGAGAUGCCGUACAACUGUUCGCUCGUCAACCAAACGUCCGAAUCGCUGGAGGUGGACUGCACCGAAGGUUUCGACGGUGGUCAGCGGCAGUGGUUCGUGAUGGAGAUCUAUGACCAGCAGACGCACAUGCUGCUGGCCAAUGUGUCAUCCCGGAUACCGACGUUUACCGUCGGUGGACUGGAUUCGGGCCGGUUACUGAAAAUCGUCAUUUACGCAACCAACAUGCGUGGCCGCAGCGAGCCGAUCCUGAUGCACGCCUACACUCUGAAGCCAGCGGAAAAGCAAACGGGUCCGCACGCCGAGUUCGAACUGUCGCCGGCACUAUCGAUCGCCAUAUUUAUUGGCAUUCUAAUGGCGAUAAUCUGCAUAGUAAUCGCCGUGGCCGCAGCCGUCAAACUGCGCACCAGUCAGACGUCCAAGGCGCACCACACCGGCGGUGGCGGUGUGCUCGGCAAACGGCCCGGUAAUCUGCCAAUUAAGGAGAAAAUCUCGUUACCGCUUAGCCAGUCGGAGGACAUGUACGACGAGAAAAAUCCGGACGUGGUGCCCACGAACGAAGAUCCCGAUUACAAACUGAUAUCCGCCAACCAGACCCCGACGGCGCUGCAUAAUUCAUUGUGCAACAGCAAACAUGACAUUAUCGGCCGCACGAUAUUGGACGAUAGCCGGAAAUCGUACCUGACCGGGUCCUCUAACGAAGUCCACUAUGCUGAAUUAGCACUGGCAAUACCUCACGAUGACAAUAGCAAUAAAAAUCAUUUCAAUCAUCUGAAAAAGCUCCCGCCCCCUCCGGCGUACAACUAUUUCGACGAGCCAACCAUUUACGCCCAGAUAGACCACGGUAGUGGUUUCAAAACGACGUCCACGUCGGCAUUUCCGCUGAUAUCACCGGCGUCACAGGCGCCGGCUCAGCCGGUCCUAAAUCAGUCACAAUUAACGUUACAGCUGCAGCACCAGGAUCAUCAAAGUCAACAGCAGCAGCAACAGCAGCAUACGCCAACGUCGCUGCAGAACCAUCAUCAGCAGCCUACACCGACCUCGUUGCAGCAACUGCAUCAGUUGCAUCACCAACAACAACAACAACAACAACAACAACAGCAGCAGCAGCCACAGCAACAACAACAACUGCCUAAUAAUAAUAAACAAUACCUGCGUGAAAUAGUGACAGUACGGACGCCACUGGCGUUCUCGCAGCAAGAGAGCUGUGUUUAA